GUAACCUGUUCAGUACGGUUCUUCUACCUAAAGAAGGUAACCUGUUCAGUAUGGUUUUUCUACCUAAAGAAGGUAACCUGUUCAGUAUGGUUCUUCUACCUAAAGAAGGUAACCUGUUCAGUAUGGUUCUUCUACCUAAAGAAGGUAACCUGUUCAGUAUGGUUAUUCUACCUAAAGAAGGUAACCUGUUCAGUAUGGUUCUUCUACCUAAAGAAGGUAACCUGUUCAGUAUGGUUCUUCUACCUAAAGAAGGUAACCUGUUCAGUACGGUUCUUCUACCUAAAGAAGGUAACCUGUUCAGUACGGUUCUUCUACCUAAAGAAGGUAACCUGUUCAGUACGGUUCUUCUACCUAAAGAAGGUAACCUGUUCAGUACGGUUCUUCUACCUAAAGAAGGUAACCUGUUCAGUAUGGUUCUUCUACCUAAAGAAGGUAACCUGUUCAGUAUGGUUCUUCUACCUAAAGAAGGUAACCUGUUCAGUAUGGUUAUUCUACCUAAAGAAGGUAACCUGUUCAGUAUGGUUCUUCUACCUAAAGAAGGUAACCUGUUCAGUAUGGUUAUUCUACCUAAAGAAGGUAACCUGUUCAGUAUGGUUCUUCUACCUAAAGAAGGUAACCUGUUCAGUAUGGUUCUUCUACCUAAAGAAGGUAACCUGUUCAGUAUGGUUCUUCUACCUAAAGAAGGUAACCUGUUCAGUACGGUUCUUCUACCUAAAGAAGGUAACCUGUUCAGUACGGUUCUUCUACCUAAAGAAGGUAACCUGUUCAGUACGGUUCUUCUACCUAAAGAAGGUAACCUGUUCAGUACGGUUCUUCUACCUAAAGAAGGUAACCUGUUCAGUAUGGUUAUUCUACCUAAAGAAGGUAACCUGUUCAGUACGGUUCUUCUACCUAAAGAAGGUAACCUGUUCAGUAUGGUUCUUCUACCUAAAGAAGGUAACCUGUUCAGUAUGGUUAUUCUACCUAAAGAAAGUAACCUGUUCAGUACGGUUCUUCUACCUAAAGAAGGUAACCUGUUCAGUACGGUUCUUCUACCUAAAGAAGGUAACAUGUUCAGUAUGGUUCUUCUACCUAAAGAAGGUAACCUGUUCAGUAUGGUUCUUCUACCUAAAGAAGGUAACCUGUUCAGUAUGGUUCUUCUACCUAAAGAAGGUAACCUGUUCAGUAUGGUUCUUCUACCUAAAGAAGGUAACCUGUUCAGUACGGUUCUUCUACCUAAAGAAGGUAACCUGUUCAGUAUGGUUCUUCUACCUAAAGAAGGUAACCUGUUCAGUAUGGUUCUUCUACCUAAAGAAGGUAACCUGUUCAGUAUGGUUCUUCUACCUAAAGAAGGUAACCUGUUCAGUAUGGUUCUUCUACCUAAAGAAGGUAACCUGUUCAUUACGGUAGAUAAUAUAGGCCCCUUAGCAGACACUUCUUAUCCAAAGCAGUGAGUACAUAUUCA